AAGAAAUAAGAAAUGAGAUCAUUCUUGAACAAUAUAAAUUCUACUACCUUCUCAGCUUUAUUGGCAUUGACAGAGAAGAGUGGCCACUCUUGCUCAUCAUACAUUCCAUAGAGAGAGAGAGAUUAUUCUUGACUCGCGAACACUGUAAAAUCUGUUACUCUCUUGACAUUGGAAGAGAGAAAAUGAGGGAUUUCGUUCAUGCCGACCUCAAUUUUAUGUACUCCAAGAUGUCUCUCUUUGACAAGUUUCUAUUCACUAUUAUACACGUGGUGGAUAGGUUAGGAGCAUGGCACAGAUUGCCAGUCUUACUAGGGCUGGCGUAUCUCGGAAUCCGGCGGCAUUUGCACGAGAGAUACAACCAGUUGCACGUCUGUGGGUCAGAUUCCGGCGCAGAGGCGUAUGAGUCAGACGAGUAUUGGUAUCGCACAGCCGACGGAAAAUAUAACGAUCCGGCGGACGGCAUAACUGGGAGCCAAGGGACGUUUUUCGGUCGGAAUAUGCCGCCAUCUCCGUCCACUGACAAGUUGUUGGAUCCUCAUCCAACUAUCGUCGCCGCGAAGCUGUUGGCUAGGACAAAGUUCGUAGAUAAUGGAAAACAAUUUAACAUGAUCGCAGGUUCGUGGAUUCAGUUCAUGAUACAUGACUGGAUUGAUCACUUGGAGGACACUGAACAGGUGGAGAUGAGAGCUGAUGAGAGUGUUGCACAUGAGUGCCCUCUCAAAUUAUUCAAGUUCUUCAAAACCAAAGAAGUAGCAACGGGUUUGUCCCAUGCCAAGACUGGUCACUUGAAUUCCAGAACUCCUUGGUGGGACGGAAGUGCCAUUUACGGAAACGAUGACAAGGGGUCGAGAAAAGUGAGAAGCUUCAAAGAAGGAAAACUGAAAAUCUCAUCAGAAGAUGGGUUACUGAUGCAUGAUGAGGAUGGAAUUCCAAUCUCAGGAGACGUGAGGAAUUGUUGGGCAGGCUUCUCUCUCUUGCAAGCCCUCUUUGUCAAAGAACACAAUGCAGUUUGUAACAUGCUCAAAGAGCAUUAUCCGGAUUUAGAUGACGAGAAACUUUACCGGCACGCAAGAUUAGUGACUUCUGCAGUCAUAGCAAAACUCCACACCAUCGACUGGACUGUGGAGCUCCUCAAAACUCAUACCUUGAUGGCUGGAAUGAGGAUAAACUGGUAUGGAUUUUUGGGGAAGAAGUUGAAGGAUACCAUUGGGCACCUGGGUGGACCACUAGGCCCAAUACUAAGUGGUUUGGUAGGAAUGAAGAGGCCACAAAACCAUGGUGUCCCAUACUCCUUGACUGAAGAAUUUGUGAGUGUCUACAGAAUGCAUGCACUUCUUCCUGAUAAACUCAUCCUUAGAGACAUAUACUCACCUCCUGCCCCAUCACUGCCUAAGUGCCCUCAACCUCUUGAAGAGGUCGAUAUGAGGUUAAUGAUAGGAAUAGGAGGAGAGAAGAAGCUGUCAAGCAUUGGAUUCGAGACAAUGAUGGUUUCUAUGGGGCAUCAAGCAUGUGGUGCGUUGUGCCUAUGGAACUACCCUUCUUGGAUGAGAGACCUCGUCGUCCACGAUCCGCAUGGGCGAGAGAGACCACAUCCUGUGGACAUGGCAGCUCUUGAGAUCUACCGUGACAGAGAGAGGAAGGUGGCCCGGUACAACGAGUUCAGAAGGAAUCUCAUGAUGCUUCCCAUCACCAAGUGGGAGGAUCUCACUGAUGACCAAGAUGCCAUUUCAGCACUGCGAGAUGUUUAUAGAGAUGAUGUGGAGGCGCUGGAUCUUCAAGUGGGACUACUUGCUGAGAAGAAGAUCAAGGGCUUUGCCAUCAGUGAGACAGCUUUCUUCAUCUUUCUCCUCAUUGCCUCCAGGAGACUAGAGGCUGACCGCUUUUUCACAACCAACUUCAACAAAGAAAGCUACACAGAGAAGGGGUUCGAAUGGGUUAACAAGACCGAGAGCCUCAAAGAUGUGAUUUAUCGCCAUUAUCCCGACAUGAUAGAUAAAUGGAUGAGGAGCUCAAGUGCUUUUGCAGUUUGGCACUCCAACCCCGAUCCUCCUACUUAUGUCCCUAUGUACCUUCGCAUGCCUUCAUGAAAGUAUAUACCAAAAUUAGGCUCGGGCUUUAAUUUGUUACGGUUCAUGAUAGCAACACUAUGUCCCAAGUUCAAUUCGUAUUGUUGCACUACCCAAAGAAGAAAUAUAUACAUAUAUAUAACCCGAAAUGGCAUCAAACCUACAAGAUUGUAUUUCAAUAGGAUAUAAUGCGGCGACCUAGAUCCUAUCGCUUGUUUUGUAAUAUUAUUUUGUAAUAUAUAAAGUUUUAGUAAUUAGUGUUUA